AGCAUCCUAAAUAUAUCUAACAAACAACAGUCUCACUUCUAAAAUCAUAUAUUUUUAGAAUACAUAAAAGAUAAAGAAGAAGAAGAAGAUGGUAUCAAUUUCCAGCUCUUCCAAAUCUUCCACAAUCAUGAAGCUGGUGGUGAUGGUGGCUGUGGUCUUGGUGGUGACGGUGGUGGAUGGACAGAGCUGCAAUACCCACUUGAGUGGACUGAACGUGUGUGGUGAGUUUGUAGUUCCAGGAGCAGACACGACGAACCCGAGUGCCGAGUGUUGCAAUGCUCUUGAGGCAGUGCCGAGCGACUGCAUUUGCAACACAUUUCGCAUUGCCUCUAGGCUUCCCACUCGCUGCAACAUCCCUACACUUUCAUGCAACUGAUGAUAUGGACGUUGUUAUAUCUAUGAGAAGCAGGGAGGGAGAUCAACGACAAUAUAGUAUUUAAUGAAUAAAAACUCGAAGUUUUCUUGUUUCGUUCUGCCAGUUGCUGUAAAACCAAUGGGUUUCGAAUAAAAAAUAGAAACUGAAUAAUCUUGAAGUGAAAUUAUAAAUCUUCAGCAAA